AUGAUUAAUAUAUUUAAAUCUGACUUUGAAAGACAUCUAUUAUAGAGUUCAAUACUGAAUAAUGCUGCUUAAUUAAAUGUGACCGAUUUGAAAUACCUAAUGAAAGGAUUCUAAGAAUAGCUAACUCCAAUUUCAAUACGAACUAUAUUUAAGAAGUUUUUUAAUGCACUUCCAUAAAAAACUUCUUACAGAGUCAAAUUAAAAAUUUUGGCUGCAUGUCAUGUUUUAUUAGAUGAUUUAAUGCAUGGUCCAAUAUUUGCAGAACAUCUUAAUGAUUGGGAUGGGUUUUUAGAUGACUCUAAUUAAAAUGAAGACAAAUUUGUAGAUUUCUAUUUUCAGGUUUUAUAAAGAUUUGCUAAUAGCAUUUCUCUAAUAAAGAUGGUCAAAAGUUAGAAAACCUAUUCAAUCAAGUGUAUUAAUAUUCAAUAAAGUUAGAGUUUGAAGGAAUUUAAAAUAUGUAUUAUAAAGCGAUAAACCUAUUAAAUUUUAUAUUUUGUUAAACUUCUCUAUUUAAAGAGAUUUUAUUACUGAACAAAGAAGACAUUAUGUAUGAACUAUUAUUACUUUUAUGGAAUGAUGUUAUUGCAUUAUAUCUAUUUCUAGAAAAGUAAUUUAUAUAUUAAGUAUAUUAGGUUAAUUAAAGAGUUUGAGUUGGAAUAUUAAUCACUUUAAACUACAAUUUUCUUUUAAAUCUACUAAUUGCUUCCAGAUAUAUAAAAGGUUUAACAUUCUAUAAAAGAAUUCUAUCUAUUACAUUAUUACCAUAAAGUUGAUAAAUAAAUUAAGGAACAUUAUUGGAAAGAAAUAAAUGAAAAAAAAUUAGAUUAAAUUCAUAAAUACAAUUAAAUUGUUAAAAUUUCUACUACUAGACAUAAAUUAUAAUAGCAAGCAAGAAGAAAACAUUCAACUUUUACACCCUAAAAUAACUGCUAGUAAUAAUAUUUUUCUAAUACUACACUUGGUUAUCUAAAAAGACUCUCCACUUCUGAAGAUCCAUUUGAAAUUAGCGUAUAAGAAAACUUUGCGUAUCAAUUCACUCAAUAGUGA